UGAGCCUUUCCCACGCCCUUUACAUUGCACCUGGAUUGGCUGCAUGAAUCGGUAGUGCUGUUUGCGGGAGCGAGUUGCGAGUGUCGUUCGUAGCAUGGCAGUGAGUGCAAAUGGUGGGUUCCAUCCCAUCAACUUGGAUGACUAUGAGGCGACGGCUAAGGAGAGGCUGACCACACAAGCGUGAGGGGACAGAAAGCGAACAAAGAUCUGCCUGCGCCAUUUGUGUGCAUGUGGAUGUGUCUGUGUCUGUGCGUACGCUGCAGUCAUGGCUACUUCUCGUCUGGUGCAAAUGACCAGUGGACGCUUCGCGAGAACCGCGAGGCGUUUAACCGCAUUCGGCUCCGGCCACGAGUCCUCAAUGACGUCAGCAAAGUCAACCUCAACACAUCCAUGUGUGCAACAACACACACGCACACUCAGCCACUGCGGAUCGGCAUCUGGUUGCUGUGUGGCUGUGUGUCUGUGUGUGCAGUCUGGGUCACACGAGCACGAUGCCCGUCCUGGUGGCGCCGACAGGUAUGCAGAAGCUGGCGCACCCCGAGGGCGAGACGGCCACUGCCCGGGCGGCCAGGGAGGUCGGUGUCCCCAUGACCCUCUCAACCAUGUCCACCACACCUCUCGAGGAGGUCGCAGAGAGUUCGGGCAAGGGACUCAGAUUCUUCCAGCUAUACGUCUUCCAGUAAGGCAACAGACAGACAAAUGGACCGAGUGAAUGAAAGUGAUGGACCUAUGCGCGCGCGAGUGUGUCUGUGUGUGUUCAGGCAGCGUGAGUUGACAGUGCAGCUGAUCAAGCGUGCCGAGGCCGCAGGGUACUCGGCCAUCGUCCUCACCGUGGACGUACCUGCAAUGGGUCGGCGGGAGGCGGACCUGCGGAACCACUUCACCCUGCCCCCCCACCUCACACUCGCCAACUUCGACGAGGAGACCCAUGGCGCCACGAGGUUGUGCGGGGCCAGAGAGGCCGCCAGGGACGGCAGUGGGGGCGACUUUGGCUUAGCCGACACCAAGUCGGCCCUCAGCGCCUAUGUCAACUCCAUGUACGACGGCUCCCUCACCUGGAAGACGUACGCACGCACACGCACUCCAGCCACGGACAAUGCACAGCAAUGGACACUAUGCAUGAUGUUUCAUGCCUGCCUGCCUGCCUGCCUGGCUGGCUGCCGAUAGGAUCGACUGGCUCAAGUCGAUAACGGCCCUGCCCGUCAUUGUCAAGGGCAUCAUGACGCCCGAAGACGCCCUUUUGGCGCGCGAGCACGGCGUGUCUGCCAUCUGGGUGUCCAACCACGGUGGCCGGCAGCUCGACGGCGUGGACGCCCCCAUCACGGUGCUGCCGUCCAUCAAGCAGGCCCUGGCUGAGAAGCCCGUCAUGGAGUCCCACUUCAGGAUGCCCACACGCAUGGCCAUCUGGGUUGACGGGGGAGUCAGAAGGUACGUACGGUGUGGCCGCACACACACGCCUACAUGAGCAGACAUCCUGGAUCUCUCUCGCUGUGUGUGUGUGUGUGAAGGGGUUCGGACAUCUUGAAGGCGCUUGCUUUGGGUGCUGACAUGGUGGCCGUCGGGCGGCCCGUGCUGUGGGGCCUGGCGUGUGGGGGGCAGCAGGGGGUAGUGGACGUCCUGUCCAUGAUCAGGGAGGAACUCACACUCGCCAUGAAACUCGCAGGGUCAGUGGGAGCGGGGGCAGCCAGCUUGCAAGAGAGACACGAGACACACACGCGGGACCGGAGGCAGAGCUGGCACGCUACGCUACGUCUGGGUGUGUGUGUAGGUGCAAUGACGUCAAGAAGGUGUCGCGGCAGCUCGUGAGGCUGGCGCAUGAGCCUGUGUGAUGGAUGAAUGGACGGAGGUGUGUUCAGCACACACUAUGCAUAGAGAGAGCCGUUUAUCUGUGUAGAGGGGGAAGUUGACCGCUGUGUCGUGUGUGUGGUUUGUUGGUGUGAGAGUCUCUCUGAGUGAGCGAAUCUGUGCUCAUAAGUUUUUGGGUACCUACCUACCUAGCUCAAUCGAUUCAAUCACGCCGUCUUUUCCAGUCCGUCCGUCCGUUGGGUUCGUUGGAUGUCCAUGUGUUUGUAUGUGUGGGGGCAUUCAGGCCACUCCCUGUCCGUCACAUGGUGGUGAAUCUGUGCGCCUGUGCCCGAGACAGACAAAUAAAUCGCACACGUCGCCUGCCCAUGAAUCAAUCGGCCUUCCCUCAAACUCUCCUCCUUUGGAUGUUGUAGUGCAAGGGCGCCCAACAACACGUUGCAGCCGUGUUGCUGGGCCAUCUUACACGACGAGAUCCAAAAGAGGGGAGUUUGAGGACAAUGUGCAAGAGAUCUGACUCCCUCCCUCAUGAGGGCUUCUCUACGUGUGUCUGACAUCUACGCGUGUAGAAGCUCUCACUUGACGAAUGGCUGACCCACGCAAGGCAUGAACCAAAC